GAGCUUUUCUUCUGCAGAACUCCGUUACCCAGAACCCUUAGCGUAAACGACAUCUGUGUUGACAUCUGCCGGCAGGCCAACGUACACGCGUGUAACUUUCUAUUCUGCAAAUCUGCUGCAAUAGAUAGAAACCUGGGGUGCCACUGUGUGAAUGAGAGCAGUGGACAGCAAUGUCUCAUCCAAGGCUCACAGGUGCACUUCGCUCCUUCUCCAAUGUCUGUAAAAAGGAGGACUUCACAGAACAACGUUAUGAUCUCAAGACCAAACGUCUGAAGCGUCAGGAGCUGUUUGCCAAGGAAGGCCUAACUUGGCAGAAGAUUGUCCAUUUCUGCAGUGAGCAUCAGGACAGAGCUAAGCAGCAAGCUGCCAGUCAGGAACUGAAGAGCCUUCUUCUGGCUGCCAAGCAGAUUGUGGGGGCUGAUCAUGGUCAGGAGGCCAUUGAAAGUGCUGCUGUCUUUCUGUUUGAGACUUUUCACAAUAAAGACCAUGUUGGCACAGAGGAGACCAGGUCCAUUAGACAAAUGUUUGGCCCCUUCCCGUCCGUUGCGGCCGAAACCUCCUGUAACUGUGUGGCUCGGCUCGUGGCUCCGCUUGAAAACUCUAAUGUUGAAGAUUUUAUUCAGACUCACAGCUCCCACCACAACUCCAAGAGGGGCUCCUCCUUCGGACGUAACAUCGUCUUCUCAUACGACUGCUACACCUUGGACCCUCUGGAGGAUUUUCCCUCCUCCAGUUCCCACAAGGACAUGAGCCUGGAUAUGACCAGCUUCUUAAACAAACAGCAGAGUGGGAGGAAGGCCACGUCAGAAGAAGAGGCGACCACCUCAGGCAGAACAUCCACCUGUGGGGAUGGAGCUGUCCUCAGGGCAGAGGUUGAGAAAUAUCUGAGCAGGGGCAACAUGAUCUCAUCCAGCCCCGAGGAGCUGUGCACGUCCCUGUUUGAGAUGCUGGCCUCCGGCAAGAGUGAUGAUGAGCUGCAGAACGAGCUGUUUGAGCUGCUCGGCCCUGAUGGACUAGAGAUGAUCUCUGUCCUCCUUCAGCAAAGGGUAGCCAUCGUUGACUGUUUCCUCAAUAACCCACACGAGAGGGUUAGCUUUCCACCAGAUUUCAGUCAAAAAGUGGAAACGACCAAACCCAUGUUUGGAUGCCAGGUGACCAUUCAGUCAGAGCAGGAAAAACAGAUGAUGAAGAUGUACCGCAGGGGGGAGAAGAGAGAGAGGAAAAGAGGGAAAGGAGCAGAAGACAGCGACGCCUCAGAUGCUUCUGUGACCUUUGACCCCAGAGAGAUGAGAGCCCAGCGGGAACAGGCUCUUCUCACCGCACGGCGGGAACCCAUUCUGAGCAGAGAUAGAACCUACGAACGUAUUCAGUAUCCUAACGUUUACGACAUCUAUGCAGAGGCCAUGAAGAUGCCUGCGUUUGUUGGAGGAGCCAGGGUUCUACUCCCAGAGGGAAUCCGCAGAGAAAACAACAAGAUGUAUGAGGAGGUGGAGAUCCCGCCCAACGAAGCCAUGCCGGUCGGCUUUGAAGAGAAAGCAGUCUUCAUCUCUGAACUAGAUGAGAUUGGACAGCUAGUGUUCAAGGGCAUGAAGCGUCUGAACAGGAUCCAGUCCAUGGUAUUUGAGACGGCCUAUAACACCAAUGAAAACCUUCUCAUCUGCGCUCCAACGGGUGCUGGCAAGACCAACAUUGCCAUGCUGACUGUCCUUCACGAGAUCCGUCAGCACCUGCAGCCUGGUGGCGUCAUCAAGAAGGACGAGUUUAAGAUAGUGUAUGUGGCUCCAAUGAAGGCCUUGGCAGCAGAGAUGACUAAUUACUUCGGUAAGCGGUUGGAGCCACUGGGCAUUGCUGUUAAAGAACUCACUGGAGACAUGCAACUUACCAAAGGAGAGAUUUUACGAACACAGAUGUUGGUGACCACUCCAGAGAAGUGGGAUGUUGUCACCAGAAAGAGCGUUGGCGAUGUUGCCCUCUCUCAGCAGGUGCGUCUUCUAAUCUUAGAUGAAGUUCAUCUGCUCCAUGAAGAUCGAGGCCCGGUGCUGGAGAGCCUGGUGGCAAGGACCAUCAGACAGGUGGAGUCCACCCAGAGUAUGAUCAGGAUCCUUGGACUGUCGGCCACACUGCCCAACUACCUGGAUGUGGCCUCCUUCCUUCACGUCAACCCCUACAUCGGCCUUUUCUUCUUCGACAAUCGUUUCAGACCAGUGCCUCUGGGACAGACCUUCGUUGGCAUUAAAUCCACAAACAAGAUCCAACAGAUUCACGACAUGGAGGAGGUUUGUUACAACAACGUUCUGGAGCAGGUCAAAGCUGGUCACCAGGUAAUGGUGUUUGUCCAUGCCCGUAACGCUACAGUGAGGACGGCGAUGAGCCUGAUAGAGAUGGCUAAGAAUUUUGGAGACAUUUCCUUCUUUCAGCCGAACCAGGGUCCAGAAUAUGGCCAGUGUGAGAAACAGAUCCAGCGCUCCAGAAACAAGCAGAUGAAGGAGAUGUUUCCAGAAGGCUUUGGGAUUCAUCAUGCUGGUAUGCUGCGGUCUGACCGCAAUCUGAUGGAGUCCAUGUUUUCUAAAGGCCUCCUGAAGGUGCUGGUCUGUACAGCCACUCUUGCCUGGGGAGUGAAUCUUCCAGCACACGCGGUCAUCAUUAAGGGCACUCAAAUCUAUGAUGCUAAACGUGGUGCUCUGGUGGAUCUCGGUAUAUUGGACGUCAUGCAGAUUUUUGGACGUGCUGGUCGUCCACAGUUUGAUAAGUGUGGCGAGGGCACCAUCAUAACCACACAUGACAAGCUCAGUCACUACUUGACACUAUUGACCCAACGAAAUCCCAUUGAGAGUCAGUUUUUGGACAGUCUGGCUGACAAUCUCAAUGCUGAGGUUGCCUUGGGCACAGUGACCAACGUAGAGGAAGCAGUGAAGUGGCUGAGUUACACAUAUUUCUAUGUGCGCAUGAGGGCCAACCCACUGGCGUAUGGCAUCAACCACAGAGCCUAUCAGAUGGACCCCUCCCUGGAGCUGUACCGGAGGGAGCUGGUGGUGGAGGCUGGCAGGAAGUUGGACAAGGCCAGGAUGAUUCGCUUUGAGGAGCGCACUGGAUACUUUGCCUCCACCGAUCUGGGCAGAACUGCCAGUCAUUUUUACAUCAAGUACAACACCAUAGAGACAUUCAAUGAACUUUUCAACUCCCAGCGAACAGAAGCUGACAUCCUCAACAUUGUGUCCAAAGCUGAGGAGUUUGAGCAGUUGAAGAUUCGUGACGAGGAGUCAGAAGAGCUGGAGCAGUUACAGUCCGACUACUGCCAGUUGAUCGCUGCAGGUGGAGUGGAGAACAGCUACGGCAAAGUCAACAUCCUGCUGCAGACGUACAUUGGCCGCGGCGAGGUGGACAGUUUCUCACUCAUAUCAGACCUUUCGUAUGUGGCACAGAAUGCUGCUCGAAUUGUCAGGGCGUUGUUUGAGAUCGCUCUGAGGAAGCGAUGGCCGGCCAUGACCUACCGACUCCUCACUCUCUGCAAAGUGAUUGACAAGCGUUUGUGGGGCUUCGCCCACCCUCUGCGCCAGUUCCCCAACCUGAGUCACCAUGUGCUGAAUCGCCUGGAGGAGAAGAAGCUCACGGUGGACAAACUGAAGGACAUGAGAAAGGAUGAAAUCGGUCAUAUGUUGCACCACGUCAACGUCGGCCUGACCGUCAAACAGUGUGUCCAUCAGAUCCCAUCAAUCUCGAUGGAGGCCAGCAUCCAGCCAAUCACACGCACAGUUUUGCGUAUCCGUCUCACUGUGACACCAGAAUUCCGCUGGAAUGAUCAGGUCCAUGGUUCAGUGUCAGAGCCCUGGUGGUUAUGGGUGGAAGACCCUAUCAAUGAUCACAUCUACCACUCUGAGUACAUCCUGCUGCAGAAGAAACAGGUGGUGUCAGGAGAGCCUCAGUACAUUGUGUUCACCAUCCCCAUCUUUGAACCGCUGCCUUCUCAGUACUACAUCAAGGCAGUGUCUGAUCGCUGGAUUGGUGCUGAAUCUGUUUGCAUCAUUAACUUCCAGAACCUCAUCUUACCUGACAGACACCCUCCACACACUGAGCUGCUGGACCUCCAGCCUCUGCCAAUCACAGCUCUGGGAAACCAACACUAUGAGAGUCUCUACAAGUUCACUCACUACAAUCCCAUCCAGACUCAGAUCUUCCACACUCUCUACCACACCGACACAAACGUCCUGCUGGGGGCGCCCACAGGAUCUGGAAAAACCAUAGCAGCAGAGAUGGCAAUGUUCAGAGUCUUCAACAAAUAUCCAACAUCUAAGGUGGUCUACAUUGCCCCUCUGAAAGCUCUUGUCAGAGAAAGGAUUGAAGACUGGAAGAUCAGAAUAGAAGAAAAUCUUGGAAAGAAAGUGGUGGAACUAACGGGUGACGUGACACCUGACAUGCGAGCCAUCGCUCAGGCCGACCUCAUCGUCACCACACCCGAGAAAUGGGACGGAGUGAGCAGAAGCUGGCAGAACCGCAGCUAUGUUCAGAAAGUCGCCAUUCUCAUUAUUGACGAGAUCCAUCUGUUAGGUGAGGACAGAGGUCCUGUGUUGGAGGUCAUUGUGUCAAGGACCAACUUCAUCUCCUCUCACACGACGAGGACUGUGCGAGUGGUUGGUUUGUCCACAGCUCUGGCCAACGCUCGGGACCUGGCCGACUGGUUGGGAAUUAAACAGGUGGGUUUGUUUAACUUCCGUCCGUCUGUUCGCCCCGUACCACUGGAAGUUCACAUCCAUGGUUUCCCAGGACAACACUACUGCCCCCGCAUGGCCAGCAUGAACAAGCCCACCUUCCAAGCAAUACGCAGCCAUUCUCCUGCCAAACCGGUGCUGAUUUUUGUAUCAUCUCGUCGACAAACUCGACUGACUGCCCUGGAUCUCAUCGCAUACCUGGCCACAGAGGACAACCCUAAACAGUGGCUGCACCAGGAUGAGAGAGAGAUAGAGGCCAUUAUUGCUACAGUUAGGGAUUCUAACCUGAAGCUAACGCUGGCCUUUGGCAUUGGGAUGCAUCACGCUGGUCUGCACGAGAGAGACAGAAAGACCGUGGAGGAGCUGUUUGUAAACUGUAAGAUCCAGGUUUUGAUUGCCACCAGCACUCUGGCCUGGGGUGUGAAUUUCCCUGCUCACCUGGUGGUUGUAAAAGGAACUGAAUACUAUGACGGUAAAUCCAGACGCUAUGUGGACUACCCCAUCACAGAUGUGCUGCAGAUGAUGGGAAGAGCAGGUCGACCUCAGUUCGACGACCAAGGCAAAGCAGUCAUUCUGGUACAUGACAUCAAAAAGGACUUCUACAAAAAGUUCCUGUACGAGCCAUUCCCCGUUGAAUCCAGUCUCCUCACUGUGCUGUCAGACCAUCUGAAUGCUGAGAUUGCAGCUGGAACCAUCUCCUCCAAGCAGGACUCCAUGGACUACAUCACCUGGACGUACUUCUUCAGACGGCUCGUGAUGAACCCCAGUUAUUACAGCCUUGAAGACAUAAGCCACGAGUCCAUCAACAAAUACCUGUCCAACCUGGUGCAGAGGAGCCUGCAGGACCUGGAGUGUUCUUACUGCAUUGAGAUCAAAGAGGAUGAUCAGACCAUCGAGCCGCUGACUUACGGUCGCAUUGCCUCCUAUUACUACCUGAAACACCAGACCGUCCGCAUGUUCAAAGAGCGACUGAAGGCUGAGCUGCCUCUGCAUGAGCUGCUCUCCAUUCUAACGGAUGCAGAGGAGUACUCCGAGUUACCCGUCAGGCACAAUGAGGACCAGCUGAACAGCCAGUUGGCUCAGCAGCUCCCCCUGCAGGUCAACCCCCACUCUUUUGACAGUGCCCACACCAAGACCCACCUGCUGCUGCAGGCACACUUCAGCCAAGCUCAGCUGCCCUGCAGCGACUACACCACUGACACCAAGACAGUUCUGGACAAUGCCAUCAGAAUCUGUCAGUCCAUGUUGGAUGUAGCUGCUAAUGAAGGUUGGCUGGUAGCAGCCAUCAGUAUCUGCAACCUGGUCCAGAUGAUCGUCCAGGGUCGUUGGCUUCAUGAUUCUUCACUACUGACGCUGCCUCAUGUAGAACAACAGGACCUGUAUCUCUUCAGAAAAUGGGCAAACAGGAAAGACAGGAGGGACAAAGGAGGAUUCAGUGGACCCAUCGAAGGACUUCCUGAGCUGAUCGCUGCAUGUGAUGGAAAAGAAACUACUUUUGCUGCCAUUCUCAGCCAAGAGUUCCAUUCAAAUCAGAUAGCUCAGGCCUGGUCUUACCUGAGUCACCUCCCAGUGCUGGAGGUUAAGCUGAGUGUGAAGGGCUGGUGGGAGGAGAGCAAAGAGCAAACAGAGCGACUACUACCUACAGCUGGAGGAAACCUCAGAGACGAGAGGAGCUGGCUGCAGGUCCACUCUGACCAAGAGUACGUCCUCCAGGUGUCACUGAGACGCAUCAAUGUCAACCAGCAGAGGAGGAAGCAAGACAGUAAGGCUCAGGCACCAAGGUUUCCCAAGGCAAAGGACGAAGGCUGGUUCCUAGUGAUGGGUGAGGUGGAUCGAAGGGAGCUGGUGGCCCUAAAAAGAGUUGGAUAUGUUCGUAACCGCUCAUCAGUGUCUUUGGCUUUCUUCACGCCAGAGAAGACGGGAAAGUGUAUCUACACUCUGUACCUGAUGAGUGACAGUUACUUGGGUUUGGACCAGCAGUACGACAUCCACCUAAACGUCACCCCCGCCAGCAUUGCUGCCCAGGUCAACACAGAGGUGUCUGACUCUGUGUCAAGCAUAAGCCUCAGCUGAUCAACAAAAUGAACUUCUUCGUCAGUGAUUGGCCGAUGGUUCCAGAACACAAGGACAGAUAAUGUGAUAAUCAUGGAAUAAAAGAGACACUUUAGUUUCUAAAAUAAUUUCCUUUUUUUAUAUAUAUAUUUUUUGUUUAAAUCUGAUUCACAAUGAUUUCCACCUGGUCACAAAGCAGUGUUUCACUUUGGGCCACACUUUACUUGGUGAAUUAAAUGGUAUGCUAUAUUGCAAUUA